CGUGAGUCAUGUGAUACCAAGAUGGCGGCGCCGCCGUAGCUGCCUUUGGGUUGUGGCGUCCGAGGAGCCGCGACCGUUUCUGCCCCGGGACUGUCGGGUCCGACAAACUCUUGGCUGGUUCCCUGCGGCGGCCUGUAGCCCCAGGUUAGGUACCACGUCAGGGCCGAGGCUGUUGCUAUCACCGGUGGGUUCGGGGAAGUCCCGGUGACCUCGCUGCAGGUGCUGUGCGCCGACCGCUCUCGCCAGAGGAGGAGAAGGGUAGUUGGCCUCCCCUGUCUUUGGAACUGCGGAGUUCAUGACGCCCGGAAGGCCUUAGAGGAGCUACACCUCUGAGGGGCUGCGGGAGUUGGAGUUCUCGGGAGUGUGAGGCAGCUUAGUACCCCUGACGGCGCAAAGAAGUCAACAAAGACUUGCUUCCUCUUCCAGAGGCCUGGCUCCCCGCGUUGAUUACCGCAGCAUUCUUUCUCAUUUCCUCCUCAAUGUUUUCUUCGUAUAUCUGGAAAUAUGAUCAGCGCCCCUGACGUGGUGGCCUUCACCAAAGAGGACGAGUACGAGGAGGAGCCUUACAAUGAGCCGGCCCUGCCCGAAGAGUACUCGGUGCCGCUCUUUCCCUUCACAAGCCAAGGAGCUAACCCAUGGUCCAAACUGUCCGGAGCCAAGUUCUCUCGGGACUUCAUCCUUAUUUCCGAGUUCUCGGAGCAGGUGGGACCCCAACCCUUGCUGACCAUCCCCAAUGAUACCAAAGUUUUCGGUACUUUUGAUCUCAAUUAUUUCUCCUUGCGGAUCAUGUCUGUGGAUUACCAGGCUUCCUUCGUCGGCCAUCCCCCUGGUUCUGCCUAUCCCAAGCUGAACUUCGUGGAGGACUCCAAGGUGGUGCUGGGAGACUCCAAAGAGGGAGCCUUUGCUUAUGUGCACCACCUUACUCUGUACGACCUGGAGGCCCGUGGCUUUGUGCGGCCUUUUUGCAUGGCUUAUAUCUCAGCAGACCAGCACAAAAUCAUGCAGCAGUUCCAGGAGCUUUCAGCUGAAUUUUCCAAAGCUUCAGAGUAUUUGAAGACAGGCAACAGGAAGGCCUUUGCUGUGGAACUUGAAAAAAAGCUGAAAGACUUGGAUUACACCAGGACAGUGCUGCACACUGAAACAGAGAUCCAGAAGAAAGCCAACGACAAAGGCUUUUACUCAUCUCAGGCAAUUGAGAAAGCCAAUGAACUGGCUAGUGUAGAGAAGUCCAUCAUUGAACAUCAAGACCUGCUGAAGCAGAUCCGCUCAUACCCUCAUCGGAAGCUGAAGGGGUCUGAUUUGUGUUCUGGGGAGAUGGAGCAUACUCAGGAUCAGCCUGACGAGGCAGCCACUACUUCUAACCCUGAUGAGUGUGCUGACACAGACCUUUAUACCUGCAGACCUGCCUACACCCCAAAACUCAUCAAAGCAAAGUCGACCAAGUGUUUUGACAAGAAGUUGAAGACCUUGGAAGAGCUCUGUGACACUGAGUAUUUCACCAAGACCCUGGCUCAGCUCAGCCACAUUGAGCACAUGUUCAGAGGAGACCUGUGCUAUCUCCUGACUAGCCAGAUUGACAGAGCACUACUAAAACAACAGCACAUAACAAACUUUCUCUUUGAAGACUUUGCAGAUGUCGAUGACAGAGUGGUAGAGAAACAAGAAGGCAUAUCCUCUAAGCCCAGUCAAGACAGGCCGCCUUCCAGAUCUCUAGAAGAAUGUCCAAUUCCUCAAGUGUUAAUUAGUGUUGGCUCUUACAAGUCCAGUGUGGAGUCUGUGCUGAUAAAGAUGGAGCAGGAGUUUGGAGGCGAGGACUACAAGGAAGUGGAGGUAGCAGAAAUGAGCAGUUUUGACCUCCAGGAAAACUUAGACUACCUGGAUAUGGAUAUGAAAGGGAGUAUCAGCAGUGGUGAAAGCAUUGAGGUUCUAGGCACGGAGAAAUCCACCUCUGUGCUGUCUAAGUCUGACAGCCAGGGCAGCCUCAUGGUGCCACUGAGCCCCCAGGUGAUCCGGAGCAAAGCAGUCAGCCACAGGACCAUCAGUGAGGAUAGUAUUGAAGUCCUCAGCACCUGCCCCUCUGAGGCCCUCAUCCCUGAUGACUUUAAGGCCAGCUACCCAAGUGCUAUUGAUGAAGAAGAAUCAUGUGCAGAUGAUAGUGAGGGAGCCAUCCACUUCCAGGCAAGCAUCAGACUGACUGAGCUGGGUGAGCCAGAGGACAGCUUAGAAAACACUUCAUCACAAGCAGAAUCCUGCUGCAUUGGGAAGGAGAGUGACAGUUUGCUGGUGCCACUCACCACUUCAGUGCACACACACUCUGACGAGGAUGGAGUAGUGAGCAUCCCCCCACAGCACUAUAGGCAGAAGGACCAGGGGUUCUGUGUGGACUUUGCAGUGGAAAAUGCUAACCCUUCUUCCCGAGACAACAGUUCUGAAAGCUUCCCUGCUUUUGAGCUGGAUCCGAGCCACCUGCUGGCUAGCCGGGAUAUCAGUAAGACCAGCCUGGACAACUACUCAGACACCAUGAGCUAUGUGAGCAGUGUAGCCUCCACAAGCUUGGACAGGACUCCCUCUGCUCAUCCCACUGGCCUCUCUUCUGAAAGGCAUAAAAAGAGGGCUGGCCAGAAUGCCUUAAAAUUCAUCCGCCAGUACCCCUUUGCCCACCCAGCCAUCUACUCCCUGCUCAGUGGGAGGACACUUGUGAUCCUGGGGGAGGACGAGAUCAUAGUCAGGAAGCUUGUGACAGCAUUGUCCAUCUUCGUCCCCAACUACAGCUGCUAUACUAAACCUGUGAAGCACUGGGUCUCCUCUUCUUUGCACAUUACGGAUUUUCAGAAGUGGAAGCUUAUUGGCCUGCAGAGAGUGGCAUCCCCUGCCAGUGCCAGCACCCUUCACGUUCUGAGCCGCUACAGCCGCUACACGAGCAUCCUGGACCUGGACAACAAAACUCUGCGCUGCCCCCUUUACAGAGGCACCCUUGUGCCCCGGCUGGCUGACCACCGUACUCAAAUCAAGCGGGGCAGCACCUACUACCUGCACGUGCAGAGCAUGCUCACCCAGCUUUGUUCGAAGGCCUUUCUCUAUACCUUCUGCCACCACCUGCACCUGCCUGCCCACAACAAGGAGGUAGAGGAGUUGGUCGCCAGCCGUCAGGCAAGCUUUCUGAAGCUGAAUCUGGGUCUAGUGAAUGAAGAUGUCAAGGUGGUCCAGUAUCUGGCUGAGCUGCUGAAGCUGCACUAUAUGCAGGAGUCUCCCGGGACCAGCCAGCCCAUGCUCAGGUUUGACUAUGUCCCCAGUUUUUUGUACAAAAUCUGAGAUCAGUCCCAG